AUGGGACGAACCGUUCGCGAGCCGACUUAUACCGAUUGGUUUUCGCAUAUUGAUCGGUUGGGUGGUCCACUGGCUUGGGUGUCUCGAGCAAAGGAUUUUCCGGUCAACACCUCUGUACAUGCACGCCCGACAGUCAGGAAUGGCAGCCAGAUUAAAAAUGAUGUUUUGCAGGCGCCGAGGGUUCAAGAAACGAUUAGGGAAGAAGCCGAAAUCCGAGGAUGCGAUCGUAAACAUGUUGAAGCUGAAGCAAAGGAAAUCCUCGACACGAUGGGACAUGACUUUAACCUAAGAGCCGUACGCAUCAUCGGCUAUAUGGUGGCAAAAGUAAUCCGCCGUAUUUUUGACGGGAUCUAUGUUAACUUCGAAGAUCUACAAAAAAUCCGCGAGCUUUGCAAAACGGAUUCGGACAAAUUAUACUGGGCGUUGUUUACGGAAUACGUGCAGACACAUUUGAUUAAUUCCGACAGGCCGGUGGAGUUCUUUGUGGAAGGGACAAGGAGUCGAGUGGGGAAGAGCAUCUUCCCGAAGUACGGUCUAAUGCAAGUAAUGCUGGAGCCAUACCUACGUGGUACCGUGUAUGAUUUGGUGAUAGUUCCAGUGGCGAUGAACUAUGACAAAAUUCUGGAAGAGAUCCUUUAUGGGUAUGAACUACUCGGGUUUCCGAAGCCAAAAGAAUCGACUUCAGGUUUAUUCAAAGCAACAAAAAUUUUAAACGAGUCCUUUGGUCGUUGCUACGUCACGUUUUGCGAGCCUAUUAGUGUCCGAAAACAUUUCGGAUUAUCCCUGCACCGGGCAGCUUUGUGUCACAGCCGGAUUCCCAAUUCGUGUUAUCUUCACUUCCUCGAUGAUCCCCUACGAGGCGGCAUCACAUUUUCUGAGCUUCUCGCGGCCCUAAAAGCCCAACUAGCAUUAAUGGAACGACUGGGUGUAGUCAUUCAAAUAGACAAGAGCAUUGAGGAGGAUUUGAGGUAUUAUGUCCAACUUCACAGCGAUCUCUUCGAACCUGCAACAAUUGCUGAUAUCGACUUUUCGCUGAAAUUGCUUGAGCAUCCGAUAGCCAAUUCCGGUUCCAUCGAUAAAGAGGCCAUGGAGAAGAGCGUCGGACGGAUUGUUCUAACAAAUUAUGCAAAUAAGAUGAUGCACGAAAUUUCGAACUCGGCCAUGAUUUCUACAAUCCUUUGUUCGACAGCAGAACAUCAGCAAAAUAUCGUCUAUGGGAAAUUUGUAUACCUUCAAGCAGCGAUGGCCCGUGAUUUUGUAAAUGUACCAGAAGAGGAAUUGAGCUCGUUUUCUGCGGCUUUGGAUCAAUUGAAAUUCGCCAACAUCGUUGAGAUCCACGACCAAAAUAUAGAAAUCCUAGACGCAGAAGCUGUUCUAACUCUCAGAAACCUCAUCCAGGCGAUUGCUGAGCGAUGGGCGAAAAAUUGGCCAGAUGUGCGGAUAUCAGCGCUUUCGACCGAUCCGAUAAAAAAUGCUUUUGGAAUUUUGGAGAGUUAUCGGAUUUUAUCGAAAAAGGCAAAAAACUAUGAAGUCCUCUACCCAAAGCUCGAUGAAGUGAUAAAAGAAAUGUCGCAAUAUGUCAAACCAACGAAUAGCUUUGGCAAUAAACUUCGUAACGGCUAUCCAAAUAUUGUUCGUUGUACGGAUACCUGUAGUAAUAUAACUUCGUAUGCGACCGGUGAAACAAUAUAUGACUGUGCCCAGGAGACCUCCUGCUUUACUGGUGUCACCUUUGGAUUUCAACCCGAGGAUCGCUGGACAACGGGAGCGCUGAUGAGUUGUGAAGGCGUCUGUACAAACAUUACAUUUGCUUUAUUCUACAUGCCAAUUACUGCAUAUAUUUGCGACUUGAACGUACUGUGCCGGGUGGAGGCAAUCAAUGACAGUUGUAAAUAUAUUCUAGACGGUAAUUUGGCAAUGACAAUGUGUUGCUGUGACACAUCUCCCACCUGCAGCGUGGCGCCUUCAACUCAAUUGCCUACCCCACUUCCGGCAGUACCCACAAAGCCGAUCUCAAAUAAUACCUGCUUUAUAGGAUUUGCUUUUGAAAAUGAGGUACCGGUGACGAUGAACACCUCAAUCCCUGCAAAGUUCCCUAUUGGCAGAAAUGAGCUUUGUGACGGUGAUUGCGCGAAUAUUACGCUGGGUAAUUUCGGUACGCUCUACACGUGUGACCCAAUAUCGGUUUGCGUUGGAUUGGGCAUCACCAAUAACUGCGGCGAAAUUGUUCAGCAACUACUUUGGGAGCCCCAGAACCAUCGAGCGAACUGCGGACUACGG